AUGAAUUCAAAACGGGUAAAUAAUGUGAUUAAUCUUUUGAUUAAUGAAAUAAAAACGAAUGAACGGUCAGAAAAUGCAAAAGAAUUGCCCAAAGAAAAGGGCAUAAAUUUCGCAAAGUCUUUUUUGAAUAUUAACGGUUCAGAACCAUUUUGUGAAAACUCAUUACAAAACAAGGGGGGAUAUAGGCAAUGGGAGGGGUGUGCAGAAAAUGUAGGAAUUCCAAAAAAUAAUUGUAAUGUAAAUUCUCAGGAGAAACAGAAAACCAAUUUUGACGAAGAAAACUUUGACGAUGAUAUCAUCAGAGAAGAAGAAAAAAAGGCACUGGAAUUUUAUGAUGAACGGAUAGAUAUUUAUGAAGAAGAAUAUGUAAACAAAAAAUACAGAUUUUGCACAAAAAACUGUGAUUCCAGUUUAUGCUGUUGCGGUUGCUUCAUCCCUGUUUGCUACCAAAGUCAGAGACACGAAAGUUACGUCAACCAGUACAGAAGCCUAUACGCAGUAAAUGUGAGAAUUGACAAAAAAAAUAUUAUACAUGAGCAUGAAAUAAAUGCAGAGACGAACUGUAACAUUAGGAGAAAAGCUAAAAGUAACCCUAAAAGUAAUGCCCGUAGUAACACUGAUAGAGACGCUUACAACAACAGUAGUGACAACGUGCCAGAAAACCCAAAAGAUUCACACAUGGAUAAAAUGGAAAAACAAACAGAUCAAACCACCCUAAUGAGAGUAAAAAAAUCCGAAAACGAAAAAAAUGGGGAAGAGGAAAAAUCGCAAAUAUAUCAUGCCGUUUUUUGCGUAAAUUGCAAUAAUCACAUUGCUUACCUUGAAAUAAAAAAAAACAUUUUUCAUUUUUUUGAUGUACUACCUGACUGA